AUGAAGUUCCACGUCGACAAUCUGUCGAGUGCUCACGUCUAUGUCCGACUUCAACCUGGUGAGAGUUGGACCUCAAUCCAGCCCGGCCUGUUGGAAGACUGUGCGCAACUUACCAAGGCCAAUUCUAUUGAAGGCAACAAAAAGGACAACGUGACCAUCAUUUACACGCCAUGGUCGAACUUGAGGAAGGAUGCAUCCAUGGCCACGGGCCAAGUGUCAUUCCAUGACCAGAAGAUGGUCAAGAAGAUACAUGUCGCCACACGCCAGAAUCCCAUCGUCAACCGGCUGAACAAGACGCGCGAGGAGAACUUUCCGGAUCUACGAGCCGAGAGAGAAGCGGACCAAAAGGAGAAGCGCAAGGUCGAGAGGCUUGCACGGGAGCAGCAGAAGGCGGCGGAUCGAGAAGAGAAGAAGAACCGAGAAGCUCUUCGAUAUCAAAAGGAUCAUGCCUAUGAUGACCUGAUGCGAGAGGAGAAUAUGGUGAGCAACCAGGAUCAGGAUAGCAACUUUUAUGAUGAUGAUUUUAUGUAA